UCUCCUGCUCCUCCGCCGGCUCCUGCUCCCCCGCCGGCCGUCAACCCUCCGCCGGCUCCCCCGGCUCCUGCUCCUCCGCCGGCUGCCGACCUGCCGCCGGCUCCUAUUCCUCCGCCGGCUCCCCUGUCUCCUAUUCCUCCGCCGGCUCCCCCGGCUCCUACUCCUCCGCCGGCUCUUCCGCCGGCUCCGGACCCCCCGCCGGCUCCCCCGGCUCCUGCUCCUCCGCCGGCUGCCGACCUGCCGCCGUCUCCUAUUCCUCCGCCGGCUCCCCCGUCUCCUAUUCCUCUGCCGGCUCCUAUUCCUCCGCCGGCUCCCCCAGCUCCUGCUCCUCCGCCGGCUGCCGACCUGCCGCCGUCUCCUAUUCCUCCGCCGGCUCCCCCGUCUCCUAUUCCUCUGCCGGCUCCUAUUCCUCCGCCGGCUCCCCCGGCUCCUACUCCUCCGCCGGCUCUCCCGCCGGCUCCGGACCCUCCGCCGGCUCCCCCGGCUCCUGCUCCUCCACCGGCUCCUAUUCCCCCGCCGGCUCCCCCGUCUCCUAUUCCUCUGCCUGCUCCUAUUCCUCCGCCAGCUCCCCUGGCUCCUACUCCUCCGCCGGCUCUUCCGCCGGCUCCGGACCCACCGCCAGCUCCGGACCCUCCGCCGGCUCCUGCUCCUCCACCGGCUCCUGCUCCUCCGCCGGCUCCUACUCCUCCACCGGCUCCUGCUCCUCCGCCGGCUCCUACUCCUCCGCCGGCUCUUCCGCCGGCUCCUGACCCUCCACCGGUUUCCCCGUCUCCUACUCCUCCGCCGGCUCUUCCGCAGGCUCCUGACCCUCCGCCGGCUCCCCCGGCUCCUACUCCUCCGCCGGCUCUUCCGCCGGCUCCGGACCCUCCGCCGGCUCCCCCGGCUCCUACUCCUCCGCCGGCUCUUCCGCCGGCUCCGGACCCUCCGCCGGCUCCGGACCCUCCGCCGGCUCCCCCGGCUCCUGCUCCUCCGCCAGCUCCUAUUCCCCCGCCGGCUCCCCCGUCUCCUACUCCUCCGCCGGCUCUCCCGCCGGCUCCGGACCCUCCGCCGCCUCCCCCGGCUCCUGCUCCUCCGCCGGCUCCUAUUCCCCCGCCGGCUCCCCCGUCUCCUGCUCCUCCGCCGGCUCUUCCGCCGGCUCCUGACCCUCCGCCGGUUUCCCCGUCUCCUAUUCCUUCACCGGCUCCCCCGGCUCCUGCUCCUCCGCCGGCUGUCGACCCUCCGCCGGUUCCCCCGGCUCCUGCU